CUCCUUUCCAUACGAUGACUGGGAGUGACGCAGGGCAGACGGAAAAAACUAGGACAAGAGGUUAAAGAAGGACAGGGGAAACAGCAGUGAUGCUGAGAGGGCUAUAGUUUAUAUUUCACAGGUUCAAUACCGAUCCACUGCCUGCCCCCUGCACAGAGGACAUGAGAGUAACCUGUAUGUAGUCUUCCCUUGAGAGAUAAAAAAUAAAGCAUCAUCACCUCAUCCUUGGGGCGGAUAAGGACAUACUCCCAGGUAACGUUGGUCCACAUCGCUGUAGGUGGAAAAGUAGCCUAGUCAUAUUUUUCUCACUGAUCACUAAGUUGGAAGUCGCAUCCAGUUGGGAGGAUAUUUGGACACCUCUUUCCCGUCAUUUUAGAAAGUCUCCAUCAUGAACUACCUGCGUCGACGACUCUCGGACAGCAAUUUUAUGUCCAACCUGCCUAAUGGCUACAUGACGGAUCUCCAACGCCCCGACCCACCGCAGCAAAGCCCCGCAGUGUCGCCCGGGCCGACAGAGAGGCGCCAGUCCACCAGCCAGCCGCAGCCUCAGCAGCAGCCGCAGCCUCAGCCUCAGCCCCAGCCCCAGCCCCAGCCCCAGCCCCAGCCUCAGCCCCAGCCCCAGCCCCAGCCUGCAAGUGGAGGCUCCAGCUUCUUCUCCUCCAUAUCCAAUGCUGUGAAACAGACCACGGCUGCUGCUGCUGCGACAUUAUCCGAGGCGGCGGACCGUGCAGGAGUCACCAGCAGUGCAAAGAUCCUCCUGGUUAUCGAUGACCUGCAGACCGACUGGGUGAAGGUCUUCAGAGGAAGAAAGGUUCAUGGUGAAUUUGACAUCAAGGUUGAACAGGCAGAAUUCUAUGAAACCAGCCUGGUGGUCAAUUCCACAGGCACCUACAGUGUGGAAAUAGAUGCGAUCAGGAAUGGACAUAAGGUUACUAAAUCCUUGAAGCCAGACUUUGUGCUGAUCAGACAGCACGCCUUCAGCAUGGACAAGAAUGGAGACCACCGGAACAUAGUGAUUGGACUGCAGUAUGCUGGACUGCCAAGUGUUAACUCCUUGCACUCUCUCUACAAUUUCUGUGACAAACCAUGGGUGUUUGCGCAGAUGUCUAGACUCCACAAGCAACUGGGCCCCGAUGAGUUCCCUCUGAUAGAGCAGGUUUAUUAUCCAAACCACAAGGAAAUGAUUACCUCCCCUCGCUUCCCUGUGGUGGUAAAGAUGGGCCAUGCUCACUCAGGAAUGGGAAAGGUGAAAGUGGACAAUCAAUAUGAUUUUCAAGAUAUUGCCAGUGUUGUGGCAUUGACCAAGACUUAUGCCACAUCUGAGCCCUUCAUUGAUGCAAAGUAUGAUGUCCGCAUCCAGAAGAUUGGCACCAAUUACAGAGCCUACAUGAGGACAUCAAUUUCUGGCAACUGGAAAACCAACACUGGCUCAUCGAUGCUCGAACAGGUUGCCAUGUCAGACAAGUACAGAAUGUGGGUGGACUCCUGUGCCGACAUCUUUGGAGGAUUGGAUAUCUGUGCUGUGGAGGCGCUACAUGGUAAAGAUGGCAAGGACUACAUCAUAGAGGUUGAUGACUGUUCGAUGCCACUGAUUGGGGACCAGCAGGACGAGGAUCGCGUUCAGAUUGCAGAGCUGGUGAUUUCUAAGAUGACCCAGGCUGUUCCACGCACUUCAAGCUCUUCCACAGCCAGCCAGCCAACACAGAAAGCAGUGUCCCCUCAGCCUGUCUCCCAGCCCAAAGUAACACAGACUCAACAGCGCCCCCCACCUCAGGGCGGUCCUCAGCAAAGUCCUCCAUCUCAGCAGCGCCCACAGCCUCAAGGCCAACCUCUUGCACAGGCACAGCAAUCUAGCAGUGACCCCGGGGCCCAGGCCAAGGCUAACCAGGGACCUGCAGCCCAGCCACGGCCACCAGGUCAGGGAGCUCCUCAGCGGAGCCAGGGAGGUUCCCCUCAAGCUCAGAGGCAACAGUCCGUCCCCCAGAAACCUGCAGGAGGACCUGGCCAGAAACCUCCAGCAGGUCAGCCUCAGCAGCGGCCCGCCCAGCCCCCCAGGCAGCAGUCACAGGGGAGUGCACAGAGGGCUCCUGGCCAGCAGGGCCGUCCUGGAGGAACCACCACUCAGCAGCCCCGACCUGCUGCCCAAGGACAAGGGGGCCCAGGAGGGCGACCCCCACUUCAGCAGAAGCCUCAGCCCCCACAGAAGCCGAGUCAGGACAACCCGACUAUGGGCGGCUCUCCACAGCUAAACAAGUCCCAGUCUCUUACCAAUACCUUCAACAUUCCAGAAAUCCCAGCGCCACGAGCCAACCUUAGCCAGGACGAAGUGAAGGCUGAAACCAUACGCAAUCUACGCAAAUCUUUUGCCAGUCUCUUCUCAGACUGAGAUGGCAAAAGCCCCCUUUCCUCUCCUCCUACUGACAGAAAGAUGGACAGGCAAACUUAAGGACUAAUUCCCCCAACGAACAAGGACCAACAGGAUGCCAUCUCCAAUUCAUGUGCAUUGACCCUGAUAUGAAAAUGUACACACUGCCUAAACAGUUACCACCUUUGAAAAUGAACAAAAAGUAGAUUACACAGUAAAUGUAGGCACUGAUAUCUGAAACAUUCCUUGCCUUGCCUCACGCUUAAGUACGUCAUCUUCUUUCGUGUCACACAAAUGAUACACAUAAAAAAGCCUGUAUAUGCAUGAACAGACAUACACAAAAAUAAGAAACAAAACAACAAAGUACUUCUCCCACUUGUUUGCUGGUGCCGUAAAGUCAUUGUGAUCUUAAUGUUUAAAGUUUGGCUGGUUAGCCGAACAACUAAAUGAAUUAAGGGACUGUAUGAAAAUUAUUGGGGGUUGGAGGGGUGCUGAAUCUAAUAUUUAAUUUUGUAAAGCAAUUUUCAAUAUCAAAUUAUAAUAUAUUUAUGUCAAGAAUAACUAAAUAUAGCAGCUCUCUAUUUUUUAAAAUAUUGAGCUUGCAAAUCAACUGUUAUUAUAUACUGUGCAUAUCAAAAAUGCACUUCCGUGGCACGCGAGAAAACCAUCAUUAUGAUUUACUAUUUUAUCUAUUUUUAUAUCACUCAUCACAAGCCAAUAUUAUGAUACAAAAUAGAAAUAUAGGGUUAGAUAUAAAAAAUAUACAGCCUCCCUUUUACACAUACAAAAGUUACAGUAAUCCUUCCCCUUGUAUUUCCCUUUCCACCCCUUAUCAUGUUUGUACAGUCCCUAACUCAGCACAGCUGCACACAUAGGAUGUCCAGUGUUAGCUAAUGCUAGAUCUGUUUUGCGCUGUUGGCCACUCAUGGUGAUGUCUUAGCUGCAUGUCAACAGGAGGCAAUGGUCGCAUUUGCCAACCGCUUGGCGCUUGUAACUGUGUCGUCACAUGUAGUUGAAUUAGUUUGUAAAAAGUAACCUAGUAGGUGUUGUGAGUAUGUUGUUGCUGCCACUUUUUCCCCGUUUUCAGCUCUCCACCUUGAACGCAUGCCUUACACAGACAAAAACGUCAGAUCAGAUGCAGUUGCUUCAGGGAUGUCCAUUGAAUGUGACUCUUGUAUGUGGGUGAGGGUCUUCCAUUAGUUUUAUUUUGGUUGUUAGCUAAUAAGGAAAGGAAAGCAUGCAUUUAAAUGAGGUAUAAUUUUUCUAUUAUUUUAGAUGCAUUUGCACACAGAGUAUAAUGCAAAAUGAUACUUGAAUACCGUGACAAUGACUGAUGUAUGAAGUCUAUAUUUUUCAGGUUUAUUGGUCGGCCACUUGACAAAGUAACAACUUGAUGGUCCCACCCCAGGGGGUUGCUGUUCAGUACAGUAGGACACAAAAUAUGCAGGGUUAACAACUGUUCAGGUACAGUUAGAGUAUAGUGAAAAGUCUUAGUGAUUAUUUAUAGACAGUUUAAUUUCAUAUUCCCUUAUUAAGCAAUGUAAUGGUACUUCUGACUGUAGAUCAGCUAUGAAUUUAGUGGAUGUACAGUAAGUGAGUGGAUAAUGUCAAGUUUAAUUUAGUAGCUUGUCAAUGCAAUGUGAGGUUGCACUUGAGUAACUCCAAACCUGAGUAUGCAUCAUGCAGUCAGUACAGCAGACUUUCUGCUUCAAUAUAUGCCUUGCGGUUUACAGUGGGUUAACAGUCUGUCAGAAGAGCUUAUACAAUAAAGAAAGCAUGUAAAAGUGAUGCCAACUCUGGGUUGAACACCUGCAGUGGAAUAAGUACUUCCUGCAACCCUCUCUCGCACUGACUUCUGAAAAAGGAUUCUGUUUCCAGGCAAUACAAAUGUCUUCCAGAAGGGGUGUUUUCCAUUUGAAUGUAGUAUGGCAAUAUCAUGUUUUUUAGAGAAGACCCAAUAGCCAAAAAGAAAGUCCUGGUUCCCCUGUAGAUUCUUCAUGCUGCCUGUGUUUUGUGUAGCCACAGUGACCCCUUGUGCUCAAUGGUGCAUACAUGUAUGAAUGUCGUUCUGUAACUGGUCAAGCCAAAUAGUUGUGUUGUACAGAGCCCUGAGUGAUGCACAUUGUCCCCUGUAUCCCCUGCUGCUAUGUGUGCUGGUUGAUAUGAUAUGUGUUCUUUGUGUUUGCUUUAUCUUUUUCUAUCUGGGGACUGUCUUGAGCUUGUAAGUUUAUGCAGUAGUGAUUCAGGGCUUCAUUUUUAAACUCUACAGUGACUCAGUGUCAGUACAUGACAUGUCGGAUUUAUUGUGGCACAGCCUUAUGCCAAGAGAAUCAGUAAUAGCAACUUUGUAUGAUUGUUACACUGAGUGUGUAAUUUAUGAAAAUGAGCCAUCACAAUCAGCAUGGAUGGUUCAUUUUGAAAAAUGUCAUACUGGCAAUCUGUUGGCCAUAUUAAGACAUACCAUUUGCUGUGUCACCUCCUGAAACAUACAGGAUGAGCUCUGAAAGCAAUGCAAAUAAUUAGUUUUAUGUAUUCAUGUUUUUAAUCAGAUUUCUUUUUAAAGUUUACAUUAUUUAUGGUGGAUGUAUCUGACUGUGAAUGUACAUCUAUUAUUUUAUUUUUACUGCUGGUUUUAUUGUUUUCUAAAUGCAUUGUAUAAUCAUUGUGAAAAGAUAAAAUCCUUAAAAAUAUGAGUGGAAGUCGUGUCAAUUGAUGCCUGCCGGAUUUAAAAUCGUACAUCAUCAAUGUAAGUGCAAGAAUCAAAAAGCUGAGGUUUUUGUUAUUAUAAAAAUAAGAUCCUGCAAAAUGUAAAUCAUGGUGGAAUAUUGAAUUAAAUGUAAAACAAAUGGAUGUUAUAUGCAAUGUAGCUAUAUUAUGUGAAAAAUGAAUAUGUUAUUAAAACACACACAUGUCUAAUAAAGUCUAUGACCAACAA